UCUGAGGGCCAAGUCAAGGGCGCGUGUCUGGUUGGCAAACAAAAAGCCACCCUGGCCCUUCUUCUCCUCCUUCCCCUCCCUGGCUGCCUUCUUCCUCCGCCAAGGCUGGAGGACUUGCUGAAGAAGGGUUUGGGGCUGGUGCGUUGUUGUCGUUGCUCCAAGGAGAGGGCCGCAGGAAGAGGAGGGACCAGCUGGGCUUUGGCACGGACUCGGGCCCCUCGGAAAAAGCUGCCUCACAGCCGCCCCUCAGCAGCCCAGUCAGCCCACAAGCCACGCAGGUCCUGGGGAGAAACUGGGGCCCUCAUGUCGCAGCAGCAGCAGCCCCCCAAAGGCAAGAGGCAGGCUGCCAAGGGCGGCAAAGCGCAUGCUGAUAAAAAUGCAAGUGGAGCAUCUGGAGAUAAAAAAGGAGCAGAAACAACAGAGAAGAAGAUUCCUACUAGCAUUGCUGAAUCUCCCAAGACACAGGCAAGUGGGACCUCUUCCAGCAGUAAGGUCUCAUCUUCUUCCACUGUUGCCUCAAAAACCACUGCUAUGAAGGCUUCUGAAACAAAGGCUUCUCCAAGCCAGCCAAAGACCAGUGGAUCAGAAUCCCACAAAAGGAAAAGAAACAAGAAGCAGGCAACACAGAAAUCUAAGACAGAACCUGAAAAAGCAGUUCAGUUAGUCAAGUCAGAUGAUUCUCUGACUAAACAUCCAUCUGAAGAGAAGCAAAAAGACCCAGGAGGGGCAAAAAGCCCUAGCAAACCUUCUGUGAUAACACAACCUAAACUACAGAGUACUGGAAAACCUACACAAACUGAUGGGACAUCAGUAAAGCUGACAUCAAGAGAAGAAGCAAAGGUUAAAACUGACAAGAAACCAUUGGCUGGCAAAGCAGCUGUUGCUAGCACAGGUGUAGGAGUUACAGCUCCUGUUGUCACAGCUGCAUCUUUGGAGAUUAAAGAAAAUAAAUUGGCAGCCACAACUCCUGCUGCUUCAGACAGUAAACCAGCUGAAAAGUCUGAUUUAGAUACUGCCUUGGAUGACUUAAUAGAUACACUUGGGGGGCCUGAAGAAAAUGAACCACCUGCUCCUGCUUAUACUGGACCACAAGUUUCGGAGGGCCCAUUAUCUUCCUUAUAUAUAGAAGAAUUGGGAAAACGAGAGAGCACCAUCCCUCCAGAAUACAGAAAACUAUUGGAGAGUAAAGGAGAUGACAGAGUAGUUCCCUCACCAGCAACAGCAGAAGAAUCUCAGCCAACGAUGACAGAUGAUGACCUUGCAGAUGCUCUGUCAUCUGAUUUUACUUGCAGUGCUGUAUCACCUCCUGAAGAGAAAAAUGUCAUGCCAAAAAAGAAGAAGCCUGCAGAAGAAGGUGAUCUUUUAUUACCUGAGUCUGCCAGUUUAGUGAGCAGUCCAGCUUCUCCUAAAGAGAAGAAGCCAAAACUGGAAGAGAUUGGUGACACUGCUGCCUUGGAUGCACUUGUGGAUACCCUUGGAAUGCCAGAACCAGAACCUGAAAUUGAUCUUAGUUCUAUUGUAGAAGUUGAAGAGCCAAAGGCCAAAGAACGAAAAGAGAAAAAAGCUGGUGAGGAUGACGAUACAAUUCCUCCAGAGUACAGAUUCAAACCAACUUUGGAUAAAGAUGGGAAGCCCCUGUUGCCAGAACCUGAAGAAAAGCCUAAGCCUAUUAGUGAAUUGGAUCUAGUGGAUGAAUUUUCAAAAGAUUUUGCUAGUCCUGUGCCUCCUGCAGAAGUGUUGAAACCAUCUAAACCUUCUGAUACAUCUGUGAAGCCUGCAGCUGCUGAGCCUCCAAAAGCUCCCAAAGGAGAGCCAGUUGCUUCUCCCACAGUUCCUGCAGUGCAACCUUCAGCUCCAUCAGGAGUUUCUACAAAGCCCUCAACAGCUGCAUCCAAAAAAUGUUCUACAGAAGAAGUCGUCUCUGUUGCCAUGGUUCCUUCUGUGCAAUCUUCAGCUCCCACAGCAACAUCUCCAAGUGCACAGGUGUCCGAUGAAGCGCUGGAAGCCUUAUCUGGAAGUUUAGGAAAAAGAGAACCUGAUCCAAAAGAAAAAAAGCCUGCUGUGGAUAAAGUGAAGGAGAAAACGAAACGAGAGGAACGAGAGAAGCUGGGGGAAGAUGAAGAAACCAUCCCUCCUGAAUAUAGAUUUGUUGAAGCAAAGGAUAAAGAUGGAAAGCCUCUUUUACCAAAACCUGAAGAAAAACCCAAGCCCCUGAGUGAAAGUGAACUCCUUGAUGCUUUGUCAGAAGGAUUUUCCUCUUCACCAGCACCAACGUCAAAAGCUGCUGCACCUGAGAAAUCUAAAGGUGCCAGCAAACCUGCCGCUGCCUCCACCGAUGAAAUGGUCUCUUCUACUGUGGCUUCUGCUGUACAGUCCUCAGCUCCACCAGCAGUAACCACCCCAAAUCGGAAAGAACUUGAUGAUGCUGCAGAUCUUCUUGCAGAUUCAUUGGGACAAAGACAACCUGAUCCAGAUGAAAAUAAACCAGUUGUGGAUAAAAUAAAGGAAAAAGCUAGAUCUGAGCAUAUAGACAAGCUUGGAGAGAGAGAUGAUACCAUCCCCCCUGAGUACCGACAUCUUCUGGACUCUGAUGAGAAGGGUAAAUCAAUAAAGCCAACAAGCAAGGAUGAUGAGACAGCUAAGGAUAAAAAGAAACCAUCUGACGACUCAGCAGCUAUUGAUGCUCUUUCAGGAGAUUUUGACAAUUGUGGGAAACCACCUGUCUCACAGCAGUCUGCUACAAAGGAUGAAAAAACAAAAGAUACCACCACAUCUAAACCAGCUAGAAAGGAUGAAAAGAAACCAAAAUCCUCUAAAAAGGCAAAAGAGCAGUCUUCCAGUGCAAAAUCUGAGAAACAAAAAAAAGAGUUAAAUGUUACCAGCAGUGCAAAGAGUCUUCAUUUUGCUGAUGGAUAGCUGCACUUGAACAAAAGCUAUUUUGCAGAAGCAAGAUAGUCUCCUGAGUGGUUUUCAUAUCGUGGUAUCUGGAUAUUUUGGCAUGCUAUGCACUUUUUGCUAUUUCCAAGGAUGAACUAACUUUUUUCUAGUCAUUUAUUUUACUGUCCUUUUUUUGUAAUUUUCUUCAGCUCUGAGAUGGAAAGGAUGCUUUAUAUUUGUAAGAAAUAUAUUUCCUAUAAAUUUAAUAGCAAUGAAACAAUCUGCAAUUUUGCACAUAAUCUUCACAUAGUGCCUGUAAAUCUCAGUGAAUUCACGAAAUCUGUGUGCGCUUGCUCACUCUUUCUAUAUACUUAGUAUAAUUUAUAGUUUAAAGCAGCAGUUGGCAACUGAUGGCCCUCCAGACAUGGGAAUGCAACUGCUGUUGGUUUUGCUACACAGCUGAUGGGAAGGGCUAGUGCAAAUUGUCAAUCCAAUAACAAUCAGAGGUCUAUAAGCACCUAGCACUGCUUUAAACAUUCUGGAAUGCAACGAACUGGCUUAUUAUCUGCCUAUUUAGGUCAUUGGGUAUGCCUUUGGGAGAAUGGUGAAGGGAGUACCCAUUUUGCAAGAUUCCGAAGAAGAAACAGAAUAGACUAUCAUUUCUUGUCUUUGGCUCCUUACAGUAUGGUAUUGAACAUGAACAAGUGCCAUUAGUAUUUUCAUUUUUUAAACUAGAGUGUUUCCUGUCACCAUCUUCGGUGAACUUCGCUUUCCCUGCUAAUGGCUUCCAAUAAGAAUAUAAUAGUGCAUCAGAACUACUAAAGGAUAGUGAAACUGUGGAAGGAUCAGGUUAGCACUCUUUGGUGGACAAAGUAUCAUAUAGAAGUCCAGCAAUAACAUAUAUCUUCCUACAAGUACACUGGUAUAGAUCCAACCCCAGAUAUUCAGAAGACACAGAGCAGCUUCUUCCUGAUGUAUAUGCACAGAAUACAUUUGGAGGUAAUUUGGCUGAAAUGCAUGUUCAAAUCUACCUAAUUUAUCUUUUUUCACCUUUAUAUUCCUUGCAGUGAGAGGAAGUGUGGCUCUAGUACCGAAUCUGAGUAGCACGCCACCCUUGACUUGUGGGAUGUGGUGUUAUUCUUUAUUUGGUAAAAUGGUCAAACGAGCUUUCUUGCUGUUUGAUAUACGGGCCAGCAAUAUUACCUUGCAAGCCCUUUUCAUCUGCAUUGGGGUGAACACAAGACAAUGUCAUUUUGUGCUAUGGCUCUUGUUUAUUUCUAAAGGAGCAAGGAUGGGAGAUGUUCUCCAUGGAUUGCAUCAUCCAUCCUUAGGAAAAUCAGAAUUCACAUUGUCCUUGAGAAUUUAUAAUGUUAAUACAGUACUGUAUUUGACAGUCUGUACUGAAAUUCUGUGUCAUACUAAUAAAGUUUUUGGAAUGAA